AUGUUUCCCUACGCAAUUACUCGGGAACCGACGAUAACUCCAUUGCCACUCAACUACACUCAACCCACUCCAACAUGGAAUAGACAGAAACUUCAGUACAAAGGUAGAGGAUGCGGAUUGAGCACGUUCCCAGGAAUUCUACUGACAACCUACACCUGUGUACAUAAUGUGGAUUUGAAAAAAAACAGAAUAGCUAAACUGCCACCGUCCAUUAGUACACUGAAGCAAUUGAGAAUGCUGCAUAUGAAUAGUAAUCGACUGACAUCAUUGCCUGGUAGCAUCUGCAAACUCCGAAAUCUUUCAACAUUAUGCUUGGAACGCAAUUCACUCAAAACAUUACCAAAUAGUAUUUGCAAUCUACAGCAGCUUGAGAGACUGUAUCUAAAUAACAAUCAAAUAUCACAUUUACCAGAAUGUAUCGGCAAAUUACGGAAUUUAGAAACGUUUCUGAUAUCUAAGAACUCACUAGUAUCAAUACCUGAUAGUAUUGGUGAUCUAAACAAACUGCAAGAUUUCCAAGCACACAGGAACAAGCUGUCAUCAUUACCUGAAAGCAUUGGAUUUAACGUUUAG